AUGUUCAAACGCUCUUUUCCUUCGAAGGAUCGGGUUGGCAAGGCCGUCAAACCCUCCAAGAAGACCUACCUCCGCCAGUGGGAAGCCCUCUCACCAGCCCCCAUAGUCACCUUGGUUGUGGGUCAUGAGAGGCGUCUUUUUGCGGCACACGAGGAUGUCCUGUCGCGUUCCCCCUUCUUCGAAGCUGCGCUGAAGGACCAGUUCCUGGAAGCCGGCACGAAGCAGGUGGACCUGCCUGACGAAGAACCAGAGAUACUGUCCUGUGUCCUCGAGUUCUUGUACAAGGGUGAUUACUUCCCCCGCUUGCUACUUGGCAAGCGCCACAACUCUUGGGAACUUGAGGGCGCCCAGGAUGUUUAUAAAACCGGUGGCCGUGGAUCCAGCGAGGCCAUAAUGUUUCAUUCCGGCGUGGGCGGUGAACUCCUCCGGGACACCGUCGUCUACUGCGCUGCCGAGAAGUACGGCUUGGAGGAACUCAAGUGCCUUUCUCUUCGGAAGCAAGGCCUUCAGAGUGGGAUCCCAGUCGACGUGAUCUUACAGUCUGCUCGGUAUGCGUACGACAACACGCCGGACACGGAAUCGCGGCUCCGCGCUCAUUACCUAGCUCUGAUCAUCAGAAGUCGUAAGACUUUUAAGAGGAGCGGAACCAUGCAGAUGGAGAUGGAGAUUGGUGGCAAAUUGUUCUUCGAUCUGUUCGUGGCUAUGAGCAACCAUAUCGAUGACCUCGUGGAGAUCAGCAAUGGCCGAUCACCUAAAGUCAUCUAA